CGGAUUUGGAGCGCGCGGCGCCGGCGGGGCCGCAGGGGGCGGCUUGGCGGAGCCUCCCGUGGUCUCGGACACUCCUCCCAGCCGGCCGCCGCCGCCGCCCGCCUCCAGCUCCCAGGCCCCGGCCCGGCCGGGUCGCCACUUCCGGCAGCUCACCUGGGACGCGCUCACCUGCCUCCCGGCGCCUGGGCACCAGGAUGAAGGACCGGCUGGAGCAGCUGAAGGCCAAACAGCUGACACAGGACAGCGAUGCCGACGAGGUUGAGAUUGCCGUUGACAACACAGCUUUCAUGGAUGAGUUCUUCUCCGAGAUCGAGGAAACGCGGCUCAACAUUGACAAGAUCUCCGAGCACGUGGAGGAGGCUAAGAAACUCUACAGUAUCAUUCUGUCUGCACCAAUCCCAGAGCCGAAAACCAAGGAUGAUCUAGAGCAGCUCACAGCUGAGAUCAAGAAAAGGGCCAACAACGUCCGGAACAAGCUGAAGAACAUGGAGCGGCACAUUGAGGAAGACGAGGUCCGCUCGUCGGCGGACCUUCGGAUUCGGAAGUCACAGCACUCCGUCCUCUCCCGGAAGUUUGUGGAGGUGAUGACCAAGUACAACGAGGCUCAGGUGGACUUCCGUGAACGCAGCAAAGGGCGGAUCCAGCGGCAGCUGGAAAUCACCGGCAAAAAGACAACAGAUGAGGAGCUGGAGGAGAUGUUGGAGAGUGGAAACCCUGCCAUCUUCACUUCUGGGAUCAUCGACUCUCAGAUUUCCAAGCAAGCCCUCAGCGAGAUCGAGGGACGGCACAAGGACAUCGUGAGGCUGGAGAGCAGCAUCAAGGAGCUUCAUGACAUGUUCAUGGACAUCGCCAUGCUGGUGGAGAAUCAGGGUGAGAUGUUAGAUAACAUAGAGCUGAACGUCAUGCACACAGUGGACCACGUGGAGAAGGCACGGGAUGAGACUAAAAAGGCCGUGAAGUACCAGGGCCAGGCCCGGAAGAAAUUGAUAAUUAUCAUUGUGGUAGUGGUUGUAUUGCUGGGCAUUUUGGCGUUGAUUAUCGGACUUUCCGUUGGGCUGAAGUAAGGGUGGCCUGAGAGGCUGCUGCACUGAAAUGUCCGUGGCUGAUUCAUGUCGCUCCUCACUGUCACCCUGUGUGCUGAUCAGAUCCCCCUCCUCUGCCUCCCUUACAGCCCGAUUGUACUCUCGCCUGGUGUGGCCACCUUGUCUGCAGACGGGAAUGGACUUCCAGUGGCCUCCCUGAGAGAGAAUGGGGCCCAUUCCCUUGUCUCCUGUAACCAUCCGUGGACCUGACCUGCACACCACCCAGCCCUGGAGGAAUCUGACCCACCUGUGCAACCCUGACUUUUCCUCCAACCCUUCUCUCCUGGAGUGCCCAAACCAACCUGGCUUCUCUUUCUUCCCCCUCUGCUGUGUCAAAUUUUGCCUCGCACCUUGGGAAGCCAAUGAUUUGAGACCUUCCCAAGGUGCUGUAUUUUCUACCUCACGAGUACUCUUCUCCCAAAAAUUGCAUCGUACAUUUUUUUAGGAGGGGUUUCUUUAACAAAGCAAAGGGAUUCUUCCAAGUUAUGGCAGCAAUAAGGUUUGGACUUGCGUCUUCCACCUGGAAGGAUCCCAGUUCUCACUGUUUGCUAUCCCCGUGUCCUGAAAACAUGAGGGAUUGGCAGAUGUCGUUUUUGGUCCGGGGAGCUGACUUGUUUGAAAUUCAGCCUUCAAUUAAGCUCAGUAUGUUCAGCUUGGCGGCCACCCCACCCCCGAUGCUCUCACGUUUACUUUCGGCGGUGCCAGCGCGAUGCUGUCGUCUGAGGGCACCCUUCGCAGAGGUGGAGAGUGAGGGGUGUUGCUUUUCACGGUCAAGUCUUGGAAACUGGUUGCUCGGUGUUAGAGUCGUGCUUUGUGAAGCCGCUGCCUUGAAGCCAAAUAUGCUUUGCUUUUAAACAAUGAUGUUUGACACUUAAAGUUGGGCCAGGGACAAGGUGCUCGAGUCUCCGGCUCCGGAAGUGCUUCAUUCAGACUGGUGCCAGCCUUCAGUCAGUCAUUUCACGUGUUCCAGAGGAAUUUCUGUCAUUCUGUGUGAUGUAAAUAUGUUCAUGUGUCUCUCACGAAGUAGGAAGCUAGACGUGGAGGACAUUCUAACCUCACAGAAUAACCCUGAUCUAGGCUAAAAAUUAGGUUAAGAGACAUUUGCUUACCUGCAAAUGAAUCACAGUAGUGAUACGCUCUUCCCACGUCAUCGAGAAACCUGCUGGUUCUGUAUGAGUCCUGGGAGAAUCUUAGACCUUUGGGGUGAGGACUAAGUUGAUCUCCAUUAAGUCUGUCUGCCUAGCAGGUAGGCUUGCCACGCUUUGACACCUCCCCCUACCCACUCUUGAGGCUGGGCUUGCCCUGAGAACAUCCCAGAGCAAUUUGGUGUCACUUGUGUGACCUUCGGAAUUCCUUCUCUCCGGGGCUGAGUCAGCUGGGGGACACCAGGGACUACUGAGUAGCUCUUCCUUCUACAGGGUUAGUGAGCUUGACAGGUUCUUUGUGUCUCCCCCCGCCGCCUGCAAGUUCUUGUCAGGGAGAAAGCAAAGCAACAGCCAGGACAUUUUCAAGUGUAGUGACUCUGCUGGCCCAGUGGUGAGUCUUUUUGAUUCCCCACUGGUCCCUGCCAGUCGGAUUUACUAAUAUAUUUCAGCAUUGAUUUUAAUGCUUUCUAAGACGGGGUGUGUACCCUCACCCAGGCUCUGCCCACUGGCUUCCUUUGCAAAGGCUGCUUACUCCCAGUCAUCGCCCAACACCCAGACGGAGCCCAGGGGGCGCCCUCGCGCCCUUGGCUGUGAAGUCGAUUGCCGUCUGGCUCCUGUAGCAAGGCCAGACAAGCUCUGAUCACAGGCUUUUGCUCUGUUGAGAUGGAGGUCUAGGGCUCGUAGUUUGGAAUACAGUAAGUGAAGAGUUUUGUUGUUUGUAUGUUUUUAAAAAUGUAAACUUGAUUAUUUUAUUGCUAUUUAAAAAUAAAUGACUUUAUAUUGAUUGUGAAA